AUGGAAGCGGCCAAUUCUCAACAGACCAAGUUUGAUUUACCUGGACUUAAUCUCCCUCUAAACUUCCGUCCGAAGGGGGGAAUAUUUCAGAAUGCCUUGGAUCAUGGCGAGAUUCAGGAUAUUGGAACGCAGAAAACGCUUUGGGAGAUCCGCAUGAUGCAGAUUAUGAAUAGCAUCACAGACAAACCUGAGUGGUAUGAAAAGGUCUUCAACGAAAGAAUCGUCAAGAAAUGGCGAGAGGAGCUCACUGCGAGCGAUGUAGACCUGACAUCUGGAAUGAUCGACUGGAUUUUUGAAGAACUCAAGUACAAGUCUAGUCCGUUCCAGCAGACCGGAAUGGUGACUGCAUUCGAUGCUGAUGUUGUCAAAUCUGACUCUGCCAUCCCUGAGGAGCUUCGUUUAGCGCUGAUGAGCGCAGUGCGGCCAUUGGAGGAGGUCCCGGAAGAGGAGAAAGAUUAUCACCCUUUCUCGGAUGAAAAGGUUGUUGAUCUUGUUCAUCCGUCUUUGUUUCCGCUCGUCUAUGGCCGGUCUAGGAUGCUAAAAGAUAAGAUUACCACGCUGGAGCGCUUUAUGGAAUACCCUGGGAAAGGGGAUGUUGUGCCCAUCCCGCCAGAAAAAGAGACCAGGGUGGAUGGGUUUCACAGACAGCUGCGAGAUACGCCAGGGAGGAAUCCAUUCAGCCAAAGGUUCCAGUGGCUUCCAUGCGAUGUCGAGCUUAACAAAGACAGCAAUGACUGCCGGAUUGUCUCGUACAUCAACAACCUUCAUCCCCACAAAAAUGGCGGGCUCUACGACAUCAUACAGCAGAUAAUCACCCGCACAAUCCCACUCUGGAAUGCAACCCUGACGCCUGUGUUGGACAGUCUAUACUUUUCCAACAAUCGAAUCGAGUACACCUAUGUCGACUGUUCGCGCGGAAACACCCCAGAGCCUACGCAGAAGAGAAUAUUCCACUCGGACGGUGGGUCGGAAACUGAUGAGAGCGAUCAAGAUGAUUUCUGGGACCGUCUUAGAGAUUGGGAGCAUUCACGUCCUGUGAGACCCCCUGGGAUUGGGGCGUUUAGGCCACUGAUUGGCGACGACAAAGAGAAGGUUGAUUUGCAGACUGCGUUCAAGGAUACAGGAUUGCAGGUUAUUGUUAAACUGGCGAAUAUCGAACUUACCCCGGAAAAGCCACACUAUGCUGGCGGGUCGUGGCAUGUGGAAGGACAGCUGAACGAACACAUCUGCGCAACCGCCAUCUACUACUACUCCAACGACAACAUCACCACCAACACUCUCUGCUUCCGCCAGCGCCUCAACACUACCUGUAUGGGCUCGCAGAUCGAUCUCGGUGGUGUAUCCUGUCCCCAAGGCCGUCUGCUCACCUUCCCCAACAUCCUCCAGCAUCGCGUGUCGCCUUUUCACCUGGCCGAUCCAACUAAACCUGGUCAUCGCAAAAUUCUGGCUUUAUUCUUGGUUGAUCCGCAUAUUCGAAUUACCUCUACGGCGAACGUGCCACCACAGAGAGAGGAUUGGUAUGAGGAGGCGAUCAAUGUGCGGCGGGAUGUGCUGGGGCCAAGGUUGCCACUGGAGCUCCAGAACAUGGUGACUGAGCAUUUGGGGGAUUUUCCCAUUUCUAUGGAAGAGGCGAAGGAGUUGCGGUUAGAGCUGAUGAAGGAGAGGUCGGCUGUCUCUGACGUUCGUAAUGAGUUGUUUUCCCAAGGCAGCUUUUCGCUGUGUGAGCAUUGA